AUGGGACGCUCGACGACGCGCGGGACGUCGCGCGACGGCGCGUUCGACGCGCGGUUCUGGAUCGAGCGCGACGAGGACGCGCUCGCGUCGACGUCCGUCGUCGCCGGCGCGGACGGCGCGGCGAUCGAGAUCGAACGACGGACGGUGACCGCGCGCGGCGUCGACGCGAGCGCGACGCCGUACGCGCUCGCGCGAGGCGCGCGAGGCGGAGGCGCGAGGGCGCUGUUGGUGUACACGCACGGCACGGGAUCGAGCAAGGAGGAAGUGCUGGAUCGGGCGCGGGCGUACGCGCGCGAGGGGUGGGAUUGCGCGGUGUUCGACGCGGUGGGACACGGCGAGCGAGCGCGCGGCGAGGACGACGCGUACGGACGCGUCUUGGCGGAGGCGUACGAUCGAAUUGAGCGCUCGGGAGAGACGCGCGAGCGGUACGGGAACUCGCCGUACGUCGUGGACGGCGCGAUAGAUUGCCUGCGGGUGGCGCGCGCGGCGUUGGGGAACGCGCCGGGGACGACGCGAGCGUGCUUCGCGGGCGAGAGCUUGGGCGGGAUGUACGCGGCGUGCGCCGCCGCGGGAUGGUCGCUAGAUUGGGGGUUUAAGCUCGUCGCGUGCGCGCCGAUGAUUGGAUUUUCGAGUUUUUCGUACGGCGUCGAACACGAGCGAUGGUUCGCGCGCGCGAUCUCGCUGCCGAAGCGCCUGUGGUCGCGCGUCUCCGACGGCGCGAGAGAGACGCCGACGCUCGCCGACGUCAAGGAUUUUUAUUCGCGCGUGUGUCCGGAUAUUUGCGGCGGUUCUCGCGACGGCGCUCGAGUGUUGGCGCGCAUUCGAGCGAAACGGGUGCACUUUUGCGCGGUGAACGGGUCGGACGACGCGAGAAAUCCUAUGGAGGGCGUGAUGGAGGCGUUCGCCGAGCAACCGUCGCGUGCGAAACAGUACGGCGCUCGAGCGCAGUGCACGAUCGUCGCGCAAAAGGGCGUGGGACACGAGAUCACGGACGCCAUGCGCGACGUCGUGCGAACGUUUCUCACCAACGUCGCCGCGAAUUUCGUGGAACCAGAGGCGAUGACGUUCGACGAUAAAAUUUGGGACGUCGUCUCGAACGAAGUCGCGGAGAACGUUCGCGAGCCCCUUCGCGCGAAGCUUGAAUCGUGGGCAAACGGUGGCAUAGAUCUCGCGUCGUACCUCGACGACGCCGAUCGCGAAUUUUUGUCCGACCCAGCGUCGAGCGUCGCGCUCGCGUCCGAAGGCGUCGACGCCGUCGUGGCUUUGAUAGAAAAAGCGCGCGAGCGCGCCGAAGUAAAGUACGUCUCGCCAUUCGAGAUUGCGAAGCGCGAGAAAGCCGAAAGGCUCGUUCGCGAACGCGAAGAAGCCGAGGAAGCAGAACGACGACGUCGAGUGGCUGAGCGAGAGGCAGAGCGAGAGGCGGAGCGCCGCCGCGUCGAAGAAGCCGAAGCGCGCCGACUCGCCGCCGAAGCCGAGCGCGUCGAACGCGCUCGUCUCCAGGCGGAAGAGGCGGAAAGACGGCGCGUCGAAGCAGAAAACGCCGAGCGCGCGCGUUUGGAGCGCGAAGAGCUCGCCCGUGAACGCGAGUUGGAGGCGGAAAAGAAGCGAGCCGAAGAGGCAGCCGAGCGCGCUCGAAAAGAGGCGGAAGAAACGCGGCGAGUCGAAGGUUUGGCUCGCGUUCGCGCAUUGCUGACGAAGAAGAAUUCUGUCAAGGAAGAGAUGAAGGCGAGCGCGAAGGAACGCGUGAGUGAUAAGUUAAAGGUGAGGCAGGCGUCGAUAAGCGAGAGGUUGAUGCGGUUGAAAAGCAGUCACUCGCGUCGUCUGCAAGAGGAGGAAGAUAGCGAGAGGAAUGGAUUGAUUUAA